AUGACUAAGCAGGUUCUUUUGCUCGGCUCCGGCUUCGUGGCCAAGCCCACCGUGGACAUUCUUGCCCAAACCCCAGACGUCCAAGUCACAGUUGCUUGCAGAACCUUGUCCAAGGCGCAAGAGUUGGCUGGGUCUGUCGCCAAGGCCAUUUCGCUCGACGUGACCGACGAAAAAGCAUUGGACGCCGCCGUGGCGCAAUGCGACGUUGUCAUCUCGUUGAUUCCCUACAUCUACCAUGUUCUUGUGGUGAAGAGCGCCAUCAAGAACAAGAAGAACGUGGUGACCACAUCGUACAUCAACCCCAAGUUGAAGGAGUUGGAGCAGCAGAUCGAGGACGCCGGCAUCACCGUGAUGAACGAGAUCGGCUUGGACCCUGGUAUCGACCACUUGUAUGCGGUGAAAACCAUUGAGGAGGUGCACAAGGCUGGCGGCAAGAUCAAGCUGUUCUUGUCGUACUGCGGCGGCUUGCCUGCGCCGGAAAACUCUGACAACCCAUUGGGCUACAAGUUUUCGUGGUCUUCUCGUGGUGUGUUGUUGGCCUUGACCAACUCGGCCUCCUACUGGAAGAACGGCGAGGUGGAAAACGUCAAGUCCGAGGACUUGAUGGCCACGGCUCAGCCUUACUUCAUCUACCCGGGCUUUGCGUUCGUGGCGUACCCAAACAGAGACUCCACCACUUACAAGAAGUUGUACAACAUUCCUGAGGCCGAGACGGUGAUCCGUGGAACUUUGAGAUUCCAGGGCUUCCCUGAGUUCGUCAAGGUUCUCGUGGACUUGGGCUUCUUGAAGGAGACCGAGCACCCGGCCUUCAAGGAGUCGCUUCCUUGGAAAGAGGCCUUUGCCCAGUUGAUUGGCGCCUCGUCGAGCUCGGAAAAGGACCUCGAGGCCAAAAUCAACGCCUUGGCCACCUUCAAGAGCGACGACGACAGAGCAAGAAUCAUUGCCGGCUUGAAGUGGUUGGGCUUGUUCUCCGACAAGAAAACCACCGCCAGAGGCAAUCCUUUGGACACCUUGUGUGCCACUUUGGAGGAGUUGAUGCAGUACGAGGAAGGCGAAAGAGACUUGGUUUGCUUGCAGCACAAGUUUGGCAUCGAGUGGGCCGACGGAACCACCGAAACCAGAACUUCCACUUUGGUCGACUACGGUGAUCCGAAGGGCUACUCUUCCAUGGCCAAGUUGGUGGGUGUUCCUUGUGCCGUGGCCACCCAGCAAAUCUUGGACGGAACGUUGUCCAAGAAGGGUUUGUUGGCGCCAAUGUCGUCGGACAUCAACGAUCCAAUCAUGAAGACCUUGAAGGACGACUACGGAAUCUUCUUGGUGGAAAAGACUAUCUAG